AUGGGAAAUGGCGUUUCCCAGGUCCCCCCUCCCCCUCACCCCCUCCAUCCAUCGGUACGUACCUGCCUGAACAUUUUCGCAUCGCAUCGUCUUCGCCCACCUCAUUCGGAAUGUCUGGUGGGGUCCAAGUACAGUCAAGCGGGGCCGAAAGCCAAAAGGUACCUUAUCAAUCUGCCCCUCCAUCAAAGGUACCAUUUCGAUGGAUACUUUCAAGAGGCAAGUUUGACUUGCGACAAGUACCCAGCUACGAAAAGAGUCUUCCGUCCUGCUUCUCUGCUCAGCUUUGGCUCAGAGCUGGAUCGCUACCUGGCCAAAGCAAGACGGACGGCAUCUCGGAACGAAGCGUUUGAUGCCUGUCUAUCCGACUCUUUCUCGAGACAGCUCAAGCUCGUCUGCACUGAGACAUGGAAACGGCUCAACGUGGUGAGAGACUUUUUCCCCCUCCAGCCCCGCGGUUACCCCCUUCCGUACCUUGGCGUCGCCUGUCUCAAGUACGGAGGUUGGCAGGAGUCAGUACACGGAGAGAUGCAGAGAUCGAGGUACUUGAUAACAUGGCAGGCCUUGUACUUUGCUUCUAGUGCUCCGAGAAUGCUUCGUCCAGAAGAAGUUCAAGGGUCAAAUAGGCUGAACAGGCGGUGCAAGCCAGCCAUCCGAGGAACGCAAUCGGCAGCCCUGAGGCGCUUAUUCGACAUUUCGCUCAUGAUCUUGGUCAUUGAAGCAGGAGAUUCAAUACAAGUUCAGGGGACCAGUUGUCACACAGCAACUCAAGCUCGAACGACAACAAGACCCAUUCGUCAGGCAAGGAAAGUUCUGGUAGGGCAGGGCUUCUUACGUCAGGGCAAUAUUCGCUCGCCUCUGCCCCUCAUCUCUCACUCUAUCACGGAAGGCGAAUCGCAUGACCCCGCCAGUUGCGGAAAGAUUGCGGAUACUCUUUGGGGCUUUUCUGCAACGACGGCAGCUGCAGAGAAUCAUUCUUUCACUCGGCGGCAUAUACUACUUGGCCAGGGCGUCAUCCAGGAUGAGACGCUGCGCUUGCCCCGAGGCGUGCAUCCAGAACUGCAGUUGAUUUGCUCCAUCUUCAACAACACCACGGCCAUCUCUGGCGUUGACUCGCUAAGCUUUCGUACUACCAAUACCAUUCACCAAGCAGCUAGAGCGAGCACAGGCACAGGCACGGAAGAGUCUUAUGGGAACACAAAAAGGCACAGGCACAUGCGUCUGACUGCAGAACUGCAAGGGCAGCAAGCAGCUUACCAGGCCCACCGCAUCGCGGAAAAUCCAAACACAACUACGAGGCUUCAUUCUCACCACCAUAACCACGUGUUAUUGGUGAUGGUGUUCGCGUACAUCGUGGCUGAGCUUCCUGUCCUCGCCAUACCCACGUUGGGGAGCAGGUGCAAGGCCCGGCCAAAACUCCGCAGAGACCAGAGACAAGCGAACAAACUAAAUAAGAUUCGCACAGAUUUCUUUCGCCUCGCCAGACGCACAUCGAUACGUAAGAAGAAAGAGGGAAUAAACAAGAGACUGACUGGCGGUUGCUACUCCGUACACAGUAGAUCGACUGCGACCAAGAUAUGGUAUGGCAUCCCACGCUUUCAACCUCGCAUCGCCGCGUCGGUCCUCCGAACGAUGGCCCCUCCCGGCGGAUAUCCACAAUGGGACCGCCCCGCGUAA